AUGUCGACACCCAUUCCCCGGCCCCGGGGCGUCCCCAUCUUGGGCAACAUUUUCGAUGUUGACCCGAGCAAUACCUGGUGGUCGCUGAAAACGCUCGCCGAGAAGUAUGGCGAGAUCUUCCAAAUCAAGGUGCUCGGCCACUCCAUUGUCUUCGUCGCCAGCGCCGCAUUAGCUGAGGAAAUUUGCGACGAAAAACGGUUCCGCAAAUACGUCGGUGGCCCCAUUGUCGAGAUCCGCUACACGGUCCACGACGCCCUGUUCACAGCCUUCGACCAUGAGGAGAGCUGGGGCAUCGCCCACCGCAUCAUCGCCCCUCAGUUAUCUCCAGAGGUUGUGGCUGGCCAUUUCAGCGACAUCGUGGAAUGCACCGACGAACUGAUUAGGAAAUGGCACGGCAUCGGGCCCGACACCAAGAUCAAGCCGCUCGACGACCUCAACCGGCUCAAUCUCGAAGCUAUAACUCUCACCUUGUUCGGCAAAAAGCUAAACUGCAUCGAGGGUCCCGCGCACCCCAUGCUCCAAGCCAUGGAAGACUCCACCUCCGAAGCCAUGAAGCGCCCAACCCGUCCCAAACUGCUCAACUGGCUAGUGUACGGCUCCAAGUUCAAAAAGGCAACAAAAACCAUGCGUGACUUCGCCGCGGAGCUGGUCAAGGCCCGCAAAGAGCACCCGUCGGACCGGCACGACCUGCUUUGGACCCUGCUCAACGCCACCGACCCAGAAACCGGCAAAACCCUCACCGACUCCCAAGUCAUUGACGAAAUAGUCAGCAUGCCCAUCGGCAGCAGCACCGCGCCCUGCGCCAUCGCCGCGGCGAUCCACUUCCUGCUGCAAAACCCCGAAGCGCUCGUCAAGGCACGCGACGAGCUGGACGAGGUUGUGGGUGACGGGCCGUUCCGCCAGGAGCAUGUCCCGCGCCUGGAAUAUGUUGCCGCCAUUGUCCGCGAGACGUUGCGGCUGUCGUGUGCUGCGCCGGGGUUCAACAUUGAGCCAAUCCCCAAGCAGGGUGAUAAAUCACCGGUGUUGUUGGGUGGGGGGAAGUACCAGGUUGCGCAUAACCAGCCGAUGAUUAUUGUCCUGGCUGGCGUGAAUCGGGAUCCGGCGGUUUUUGAGGAGCCGUUGGCGUUCCGCCCGGAGAGGAUGAUGGGGGAGAGUUUUGAGAGGCUGCCGGCCGGGGUGAAAAAGUGGUUUGGGAAUGGGAAGAGGCAGUGUAUUGGCCGCCACUGGGCGUGGGAGUUUUUGGUGGUGGUUACGGCCAAGCUGAUUAGGGAUGUUGACUUUGAGGCGGUGGAUAAGGAGUAUGUCAUGAAGCAGGAUGGGUGGUUUAAUGUGCGGCCUGUGGAGCAUUAUGUCAAGGUCCGCCCGAGGGUGGCGCAUUAG